UUUCAUUUCUCUCUCCUGCUGCCAGUGAUGGCGUCUCCUGAUCUGAGACAGGAGCUGGACUGUUCCAUCUGCCUGAGCAUUUAUACAGAUCCUGUAACCCUGAGAUGUGGCCACAACUUCUGCCGGGUCUGUAUUGAUCGUGUGCUGGAUACACAGGAGGGGGCUGGAGCUUAUACCUGUCCUGACUGCAGAGCAGAGUGUCAGGAGCGUCCUGCACUGAUACAGAACAUUCCUCUGUGUAACAUAGUGGGGAGGUUCCUGUCUACUCGGCCAGAUCAGGAGGAGACUGGGAUCUUCUGCACUUACUGUGUGGACUCUCCUGUACCUGCUGCUAAAUCCUGUCUGCUGUGUGAGGCUUCUCUGUGUGAUAAACACCUGAGAGUACACAGCAAGUCAGCAGAACACGUCUUAUGUGAUCCCACCACUGCCCUGGGGAACAGGAAAUGCUCCGUCCAUAAGAAGGUCCUGGAGUAUUACUGCACUGAGGAUGCUGCCUGUAUCUGUGUGUCCUGCAGGCUGGAUGGAGAACAUCAGGGACAUCAGGUGGAGAUGCUGGAUGAGGCUACUGAGAAGAAGAAGGAGAAACUAAGGAAUGUUCUGCAGAAACUGACUACAAUGAGAGAGGAUAAUGAGAAAAGAGUGCACAGUCUGCAGGUGCGCAGGAGAGGACAUCAGGAGAAAGCAGCUGAUGUAACAGAGAGAGUCACUGCCCUAUUUAGAGACAUCAGGAGACAGCUGGAAGACCUGGAGAAGAGAGUCCUGAGUGAGAUCUCCAGCCAGGAACAGCGCGUUUCACUCCCUGUCUCUGAUCUGAUCCGGCAGCUGGAAAUAAAGAAGGACGAGCUGUCCAGGAAGAUGCGUCACAUUGAGGAGCUGUGUAACAUGUCUGAUCCAGUGACUGUCUUACAGGAACCAGACACAGGGGACUUGUGUGAUACUAAGGACAGAAAGAGACGGUAUUCACAGGUCUAUGAUGUUGGAUGUCUGGAUGUGGGUCUCAUCUCAGAGACAUUACACACAGGGUUAUCUGAUAUAAUAAGAGGUAUAAAUGUGUGUUUCUAUAUGCAGGACGCUACAGACAUAGUGCUGGAUGUAACCACAGCUGGUAAUAAUGUAGAGAUAUCAGGUGACGGGAAAACUGCAUCCUGGUCACGUAUAUACCUGCAUCGCCCAGUAACACCACAGAGAUUUGAGUAUGAUCAGGUAAUAAGCACCAGGAGAUUCUCCUCAGGGCGACAUUACUGGGAGGUGGAUGUCAGUAAGUCAGUGGUCUGGAGGGUGGGGAUGUGUUAUACCAGUAUAGACAGGAGAGGAGAUCAGUCAUACAUUGGAUAUAAUACCAAGUCCUGGUGUCUGUGUAGGUGGAAUAACCAGCACUCAGUGAGUCAUGACAGUAAAGAGAUCCGGUUACCUCACAAUAUGACCUGUGACAGAGUGAGGGUAUAUCUGGAUUAUGGGGCAGGACAGCUGUCCUUUUAUUCUCUGCGCGACCCCAUCAGACACUUACACACCUACACUGCCGCCCUCACUGAGCCCCUCCAUGCUGCAUUAUGGGUAGGGGACGGGUGUAUAACUAUAGUCAGGGACUGGGAUGAAUUAGAAUUAUCAUGAGAUCUUUCCAGAAACUGGUGACAUCACAGGGAGGGGAAUGUAAUUGGUGGAGUAAAUACAAUAGAAUAAAGCAGUGGGUAGAGCUACAGCUGAGCCCCUCCCCCUGUGUAACCAGUUGACCAGUAUGUCUGGACUUGCUCCCAUGUUGGUGUUAUGGCCCCCGUACAUCACAUAGAUAUGGUCCCCACAGUAUAUGUCAGGAAUAUUAAACAUGUUUGUAGUCCUCAAUUCCCCGAUCCCAACUGAAAAUGGUCUGGAUCGGUAUAUCGGCAUUUUUAACAUGUUUAAUUUCUCAGGUUCCCUGAUGAAUCACCAGUCAUUGCUGACGUGGAUCCAGAAGGUGGAUCAGUGAAUCAGGGAAAUGGGCCGCCUGAUGUGUGGGGGUCUUUAGAAACUGUCAUUAUAAAUAUAUAAUUAUACAUCUCUGGGAUUUCUCUGCCUCUGACUCACUGACAGCUGUGAUUGGCUGCAAUAUUUGUCUGUCAGCCUGUGUGCACCCUAUUACUGCAGUCGCUUGCUCCUAUUGGCUGUGAUAGAUGUUGGGAUGACGCCACUGUAUAGCCUCAUAUUAGGAAUUGUAGUUUCUUAAAUAAUACAAUAUGUGUUGGACUACAACUCCAAGCAUGCCUUAUUGCUUUGCUGUAUUAAUAUGUCAUUUGCAGAAUCCAUAAUUAUAAUAAAUAUUAUUUUCUCCUAA